AUAAACAUGAAGAACUUUCAUCACUGCUCAGAGUGUGGGAAGAGUUUUACUACGCAGGGUAAUCUCCAACAACACCAGCGCAUUCACACAGGAGAGAAGCCAUAUCACUGCUCAGAGUGUGGGAAGAGUUUUACUAUGCAGAGUAAUCUUCAACAGCACCAGCGCAUUCACACAGGAGAGAAGCCAUAUCACUGCUCAGAGUGUGGGAAGAGUUUUUCUCAUCAGACUACACUCCAACAACACCAGCGUAUUCACACAGGAGAGAAGCCAUAUCACUGCUCAGAGUGUGGGAAAAGUUUUACUAUGCAGAGUAAUCUUCAACGACACCAGCGCAUUCAUACAGGAGAGAAGCCAUAUCACUGCUCAGAGUGUGGAAAGUGUUUUGCUGAACAGGGUAACCUCCAAAAACACCAGCGUAUUCACACAGGAGAGAAACCGUAUCACUGCUUAGAGUGUGGAAAGUGUUUUGCUGAACAGGGUAACCUUCAAAAACACCAGCGUAUUCACACAGGAGAGAAACCGUAUUACUGCUCAGAAUGUGGAAAGAGUUUUGCUCAACAGAGUAACCUCCAAAGACACCAGCGCAUUCAUACAGGAGAGAAGCCGUAUCACUGCUCAGAGUGUGGAAAGAGUUUUGCUCAACAGGGUAACCUUCAAAAACACCAGCGUAUUCACACAGGAAAGAAACCGUAUCACUGCUCAGAGUGUGGGAAGAGUUUUACUAUGCAGAGUAAUCUCCAACGACACCAGCGCAUUCACACAGGAGAGAAGCCAUAUCACUGCUCAGAGUGUGGGAAGAGUUUUACUCAAAGUAGUGACCUUAAAGUACACCAGCGUGUUCACACAGGAGAAAAGCCGUAUCACUGCUCAGAGUGUGGGAAGAGUUUUGCUCAACAGAGUAAACUCCAACAACACCAGCGUAUUCACACAGGAGAGAAACCGUAUCACUGCUUGGAGUGUGAAAAGAGUUUUGCUUACAGUAAUGCUCUUAAAGUACACCAGCGUAUUCACACAGGAGAGAAACCAUAUCACUGCUCAGAGUGUGGAAAGAGUUUUGCUCAACAGGGCAACCUUCAAAACCACCAGCGUAUUCACACAGGA